CUAUAACAAAUGGCGCCUAAACAAGUGUCGACUUGUGAAAUUACUUGAAAAUUCCUUUAGUAGAUAGCCGAUCCGACCAAAAGAACUUGGAAUUUAAUUUAAAAUGUCACAACAACUUUGGCAGCAGCCUUUUGUAAACGUCUUUCGGCAUUUGAAGCAGACGGACUGGAAACGAGUAAAAAUACAAGGGGAUGUAGUAAAUUCAAUGGAUAAAGAUGCCAAGGGCUCAAUAUGGUCAAUUAAUGGGGCGAUUCCGGCUGCAAACUAUAUGUUUAUGCCCAAAUCGGGCUCUUUGAAUCUUAUUGGGAAAUAUUUUUACAUCACUUAUAAACCAGUAGCCGACAAAUACUUUGUAUUCCAUAUUGAUGUUACCACUCCCGAUUGUCUCGUUGUACGCAUAUCUUUAUCCAAUAUGUUUAAAGUUUCUAAGGCAACUUCAACUUGGAUUCAACUACCAGUUAUCAGUAGUUCUACAGUUAAUGGAAAACCCACAUUUAAAACUAGAUGGACUAUUCUAUGCCUAGAUUUAUCAAAUUUAUUAUCGAAUUACGUUCAUCGUACCUUCUCAUCAACAAAAUCUAUAAAGAUAUGCGCGAAUGUAGCAGUAAAAUCGAUCGGAACGUCUAAUACAUUGUACGAAGCUGACAAAUUACCAAGAGAUCUGGGCCUACAGCCUCCAACUGGUGUAAAGUGGCAUGAUAUUUUCGAUUUUAUAAAAUUUCCAGAUGAUAACAAUUUCUUGACGAGUUAUCCAUCGAAAGGUUCAUCGAAACUAGUUGAGGAAAUUUCAGAUUUUUCAUCAAUCUCAAAUAAAAGACCAAUCAUCAAGGAACUUCCAGAAGUAAACGUUAAUAUACUCUCCGAUGAUUUAGCAAAACACGUUCAUGUGUCAAAAUCAAACGGUAAAAAGUUUGCAGAUGUUGAGGAAAAUGUGGAAGAAAUUGGAAAUGGAUUAAAGCCGGAUCCUAUUCUUCGUUUAAAAAGUGUUGUUGGUCUUAAUCCCCUUUUACUAACAUGGAAUUUACGAUCAGACGAAAUCGUCUAUUCUGCCCAUGCCAUAAUAAUAGCCCUAAAUGUUGAUAGACGCGAACAAAGAUUUUUUGUUGGUCACACAGGAAAGGUGACUUGCUUGUCAAGCGCAAGAGGCCUCCUAGUCUCUGCAGAUUCCAAUGGUUUGGCAAGACUUUGGGAUUUGGAUAAAGGAAAGUGUUUAUCUGUAAUUCAAGCUCCGGGAUGCCGACUUUUGGAUAUAUCAAGCGAUGCAAAAAUUGUUUGCGGUAUUGGUCGUGACUCGUACGGUAAAACAUUGGCAAUGAUAUGGGAAACCUCGCAAGCAAAAUCUGGAAAAGUCCAAUGCUUAGUUAAAGCUCACACAGAUGUCGAUAUAACGGCAAUUAAAAUUGUAUCUCAUUUAUCAAAUAUCGUUCGCUUUGCUUCAUGUGGAAAACAAAAUUUAAGAAUUUGGCGAAUUAAAGAAUCUUCGCUCAGAUCCGCUCCAAUUGUAUUACCUGUCAGUGAUCUAGAUUUAACCGAUGUUGCUGUAAGUACAGAUAGAAGGCGGGUUUAUGCAUGCGCCUCUUCAGGUCAUGUUUUAGAAGUUGAUUUCGAAAGGAUGUCUGUUGUUCAAGCCAGGCGUUUAGUUGCAAGUGGAGGAAAUGGUCUGGAACUUAACUCCAUUUCCAUAUCGGAUUCGAUGUGCGCUACCGCCUCAAAUGAUGGAAUUUUAAGGCAAUGGCCUCAUGAUUUUGCAAAGGUUCUACUUGAAGCUGAUCUCGAGAAUGAGGCAGUCAAAACUCUCUUUUCUCCCGAUGGCUUAAGAGUUGCAGCAGCUACUAAAUCUAGUAGCCUCGGCGUAUUGGAUAUUGCAACAAGAUCAUUCACAACUCUUUGUAGAGGUCAUGCUUCGAAUAUCAAAGAUUUGAGUAAGGUUGGUCGCCAAAUUGUAUCAAUAGGUGAGGAUAGGACCAUUCGUAUAUGGGAUGAUAUUCAACAACUGUAUGAUUUCACUGCCCCUCAAGACGCUCCUCUAAAAGUUUCCGGAUCUGUCAGAGAACCGUACUUGGCAGUUGGAUUUAAAUCAGGCGCAGUGAGAAUUUUAGAUAUACCUCGAACUUGUAUCUUGCACGAAAGUCGAUCUUCCAAAAAACCCAUAAGUGGUAUAGCCUACGGUCUGUUACAUAUUUACGCCUCUGAUGUAGAUGGGACACUUACACUUUACGAAUGUAACGGAUUGAGAAUUGUAAGACAAUUACCUUUCGUCACAAAACAAACAGAUUCCAUUGAUUUAGCUCUAUCCUCGGAUUAUACAAAACUCGCUGUCCCCGCUAUUACCAAAGGAACUCUGAACAUCCUAGAAGCUAGUUCACUGGACGAACUCAUUCGAUGCGAUGUUGGGGGAGAUAUCAACUGUAUUAGUUUUCACCCUAAUCAACAAUAUGUGUUAGCUGGUUGUUGUUCGAAAAUCGUCAGAAUUUGCUCUCAAACUGGAAGGAUAUUAUCGAGCUUAGACGAAGCCCAUAGAAAAUCCGUCACUUCAGUUUCUUGUUGUCUAUCUCCACAUGUUCUAUCAGGUGGAGACGAUGAUGUACUGAAAGUUUGGGGCUAUGAAAAAGUUUGGAGAAGAAGAGAUGCUAAAUUCCAAGUUUUCAUUGGUCAUGGAUCUACAGUUAAUAAGCUCAUUUUGUCGGACGAUCAAUUGACAAUAGCGUCUUGUAGCUCGUCAGCUAUCCUUUUUUGGGAUUUUAACGCACCUCUUCCAACAAUAAGCGAUUUCUUAAGGCCUGAGGUAGAAGAAAUAGCUGUAAGAGAUGAACCACAAGAUGACGUAAACUCGGAUGAUAUAGACAAAUUGAGCGAAAUCGCUCGUGAUCCCGAAAAUUUAGCUGGACAGGAUAUUGAAUCAGAUCAAAAUGAAGAAUUAAUAGAAACAAUUAAACCCGAGUCAUUAGAAAACCGUUUGUCCUCGUCAUUAAUUCAGCCAGCCAUGAUUAUUGAACAACGUGAACCAUCUCCUCAACGUGAAUAUGCUCAACCGUCAACGAAACGGCAUUUUAGACAACGUCGAAAAGAUGGUUCCUUAGCACACAGGCGGUACUUGCCCUCAGAGGAAUCGGCUGGGAUAAAAAUGUCAUAUACUAUUGGUUUUGAUGGUGAAGGACGGAAUAACUUGGCCUGGUCGUCUGAAAGUGGACUCAUGGUCUAUUCAAGUGGUUGUGUAGUCAUAGUAGAUGAGCUAGGUGGUGAUAAACAAUUUUAUUUAUGUGGCCAUAUGGAACAAAUCUCAACUAUUGAAUUGUCUAAUGAUAGUUCUCAAAUUGCAUCAUCCUCAAGAGGUCAGAUAUUCAUAUGGAAUGUUGAUUCAAAGAAAAAGAGAACUGAGUUAAGAGACCUAGAGAGUGAAAUAGUAGCUAUGAAAUAUUCGAAUGAUGAUAGAUUCCUAGCUGCAAUAGGAGAUUAUACGGAUAGAAGAUUAAUUGUUUUCACAACAGAUCGUUAUGAAAUAUAUGCUAGCGCUACUUCUCAGCUAAUAAUGCACGAUGUUUCUUGGCCAAAAGCAUAUACUGGUCAACUAUUAACAACGGCUGAGAAUGGUCUGCUUCUGUUUUGGACAAUUGAUGACUCAGAUAAAACUCUAAAAGUUGAAGAAACUAGGGCACCAAGAGAACUUUUUGACAGCGAUUUAACUUGUGUUGUCGAUUCAGAGAGUAUAUAUUAUGUAGGUACUUCGAAAGGUUCAGUUAGCGCCUGGGACGUUAAAAGGGGAAAUUGUGUUCUCCAUUGGACUGCUAGUGAGAGAGACGAAAUAUUAUGUUUAGCUUGUUCAAAUUCACCAAAAAAAGUUGUUAGUGGUGGUAAAACGCUUCGUUUAUGGUCGACUGAAGAAGCUCUUUCGCCCAAGGGAGAUGCAAAUGUUACAUUACUAAGUGAAAUGACUCUAGAUGGAAUCAUAACAUCGAUGACAUGGAACGAAACUCUUGAGAUGGGUUUAGUGGGAACAAGUGGCAAUACAUUAUGGUACGUUAAUUGGCUUGAUCAGAAUAGCGUUCGUCUUGUUGGUGGUCAUCCUAAAUACGUAACAGACUUGAUCGUUAGAGAUGAUUGUGUAGCUACUUGUUGUCAAGACGGUUCAGUUCGGGUUUGGACAUCCAAAGAGUUAACUUUGCAAUUCGAUGUCAAAGCAAAAAAUGUGAGUGCAACUAAGAUGGCUUGGGAACGCAAUUUUCUGGUUGUCGGCUAUAGCGACGGCACAAUAAGGAUUUUUGAUCUUCAGCUUGUCAAAAUGCUAUCAAAGAUAGUUCCCCAUUCAAAAGACGUGACAGCUAUUGCCAUAAUGUCAAAUAUCGUCCUAUCAGGUUCAACUGAUGGCAUAAUUGCAGCUACUAGUUUAAGUACUGCUCUAACAGUAAGAGUUUUAAAAGCUCAUUCCGGUUCUCCUAUCACCGGUAUUCAAGUUCUAGGUACCCGUUGGCUAGCAACAUCAGAAGAUUCCAGGAUAAGUGUUUGGAAAGCUGAUUGGUGUCAAGACAGAUGCGAAUUAGAAGAUUGGAUUACCUUACCUCGAAUCUCUGUCAACAAAGAGAAGAAAGGAAAGACGUUAGCUUGUUUUUCUCAGGAUGAACCCGAUUGCGUAGUAAUUUUUGAUGAAAAGAUCUCGGCCAAUGAAUUAUCUAUAUACAAUUUAACUGCUCAACGAAUUGUGCGAACUUUACCAAUAGUACAUGAUCUUGUUUGUUUUGAUGUAGGUGGAUCUCUAAUUGGUCUGGGCUCUCGAGAUCGGCUUUUAACCCUUAUGGACUAUUUCGAAGGGUCUUUUCAAGACUUUAGUCCUUAUGAUGAUAGCAUAACUGUUAUCAAGUUUGACCCAUCAGGCAAGCGACUGGUAACAGCUUCUUUCUGUUCAAUUACUGUAUGGGAUGUAGUUCAUAGCUAGGUGUUUUAGAAUAUUAAGUGCAACUAAAAAACAAUUUCUCUUCACCUUUCUUUUUCUACUGAACGGAUGUAUAUUUUAAUUUAAAUAAAUAUAAAAUCUGUGUUUCUUUCUAA